CCACCACCUUUACAACUCUGCCAAUAGCCCAUCGCCCUCGCUCAAUUGCAUCGCCAGCUGCUAUCAUGGCACAGGACCUGCGCUCCCAGGAGAUCAAGAACCCCGUUGAUGUCGCCGAGUACCUCUUUCGCCGACUAAAACAAGUUGGCGUCGAGUCGGUCCACGGCCUGCCCGGCGAUUACAACCUCGUUGCCCUCGACUACAUCCCAAAGGUCGGCUUGAAAUGGGUCGGCAACUGCAAUGAACUCAAUGCUGGAUAUGCUGCCGAUGGCUAUGCUCGAGUAAAAGGCAUCUCUGCUCUCGUCACCACCUUUGGCGUCGGUGAGCUGUCGGCUGUCAAUGCAAUUGCUGGUGCUUACUCUGAAUACGUGCCAAUUGUCCACAUUGUCGGCUACCCCUCGACCGUGUCCCAGAAAAAUGGAGCGCUGCUUCACCAUACCCUCGGAAAUGGCGACUUUACCGUCUUUUCGCGCAUGUCCAAGGAGAUUUCGUGUGCCGUGUCCAUGCUCAACCACCAGCACGAGGCGGCCGUGCUGAUUGACAAUGCCAUCCGCGAGUGCUAUCUCAAGUCGAGGCCCGUCUACAUCUCGCUGCCGAGCGACAUGGUGACGAAAAAGGUCGACGGCGACAGGCUCAACACUCCGCUUGACCUGGAAUUCCCACCAAACGACCAAGAAGCCGAAGACUACGUCGUCGAUGUCAUCCUCAAGUACCUCCAUGCCGCCAAGAACCCCGUCAUUCUGGUCGACGCAUGCGCCAUUCGCCACCGUGCCCUCAAGGAAACGCAUGAGCUCGUGGAAAAGUCCGGAAUUCCCACAUUUGUCGCGCCAAUGGGAAAGGGCGCAGUGGAUGAGACGCUCCCCAACUAUGGCGGUGUGUACGCAGGAAACGGAUCCAAUGCUGGUGUUCGGGAACGCGUCGAGUCGUCUGAUCUCGUCCUCAGCAUCGGCGCCAUCAAAUCCGACUUCAACACAGCCGGCUUCACCAUUCGCAUGUCGCAGCUGAAUACCAUCGACUUUCACAGCUACGGCUGCAAGGUGCGCUACUCCGAGUAUCCUAAUGUGCGCAUGAACGGCGUGCUUUCCAAGGUUGCGGCCAGGAUGGGCAAACUGAACAUUGAGUCUGGUCCCACGCCCAACAACGAAGUGCCCCACGCUGAGACGACGUCGACCGACACAGCCAUCACGCACGCCUGGCUCUGGCCAAAGCUUGGCCAAUGGCUCAGGAAGGACGAUGUUCUCAUCACCGAGACGGGUACUUCCAACUUUGGUAUCUGGGAAACGCGCUUCCCCGAUAAUGUAACGGCCAUUUCACAGGUCCUCUGGGGUUCCAUUGGCUACGCAACGGGCUCAUGCCAGGGUGCCGCUCUCGCAGCAAAGGAACUCAAUAUUAAGCGCACCAUUCUCUUUACGGGCGACGGCUCCUUCCAGCUGACUGCCCAAGAAGUCUCGACCAUGAUCCGCAACAAGCUCGCGCCCAUCAUCUUCGUCAUCUGCAACAAGGGCUACACCAUUGAGCGCCUAAUCCACGGCUGGGAAGACGCAUACAACGACGUUCCUGAGUGGAAGUACAAGGAAAUUCCCGCCGUUUUUGGUGCUCCUGAAGGCGCUGUCCUGACAUAUCGCGUCGAGACCAAGGACGACCUGGAGAAGUUGUUCCACGACGAAGAGUUCUCUAGCGGCGAGACACAAAAGAUGCGUUUUGUUGAGCUGGUCAUGCCGUGGGACGAUGCCCCUGCUGCGCUCAAAGCCGUUGCUGCUGCGGCUGCAAAGACGAAUGCUGCGUGAUGUCAUGUUUGAUACGACUGUUUCGUUUCUUUCAUUCUAGGUUUACAAGUUGCAUUGAAACACGGGCUUUACGUUAUGCAUUUAAUUGAUAGAGGUUUCUGAACGUAGUAUAGAUGAAGAGUUAUGAAUUAUGAAUGUCAUUUCAAGGUUAUGCAGUGAUAUUA